GUGCCGUUAGCCCUACAGUCACUGGGGCGGCGGGGGGCAUACAGCUAGGCCCGGGCACUGGUGCAGAUGCUCUGCUGAGAGGAGUGCCACCUCCUGCUGGAGUUCUCAGCACUUUCCUUUGUGUAAUAUAACCUGUGCAGGAGGUCCUUCCAUUUACAGUCACCUGGUACAUUUCAAGAUGAAUUUGGAGAUAAAAGGAGUAGCUGCCUCUCCUAGAGGUCAAACGGAUCUUGCAUCCAAAAAAUCUCUUGCUAAGGGUUGGCGCCCACAGUCACAGCAUUCUGACGCACGACCAAAUGAAGUACCUUGUCUUGACCUUGGAAAGCUUGGCGAUUCUGAUGAUGAGGACACCUUCAUACCUUUAAGUAAAGGAUACCCGAGGCUUGGUCCUCCAGAUUCAUCAUCAACUGUCAGCUGGGGGACACCACUCCACACUCCAUACGCUCAACAUUACCAGCAGCAACCACAGAUUAUCACAAAACCUAAUCCAGUCACGACAGAGCUUUCUAUAGCGCAGCUGAAUACCGUUCCUGAGAAUUUACCUCCACCGUCCGAUAGAUUCCAGUUGAAGUAUCAGCAAUAUGAAGAGGAAAUGAAGAAUAGCUACAAGCAGUAUUCUAUGAGAGGGUACAGUAAAGAUAUACCGCAUUCUGCAAGGAAGGGUGGUCCACAAGAGGGUAGAACGGCUAAGGAUGAAAGUUUUGCAGUCAUAACACCAAUGGAUGAUAAAAUCUUUCUUGAACAGUGCUACACAAAGAACCCACACACAGCACAUCAUAGUCCGAAGAAGUUGGAAGCAGAGGACCUGGCUGCAGAGAGAAGAAAGCAAGCUGUUGUAGAACAAGUUAUGAUUGACCAUCUCUCUAGGGCCGUUAUUAGUGAUCCAGAACAAAAUAUAGCCACAUCCAUUAUGAAUAAUUCACAGCGAGACCCAACAUCUGCCCCUCUCCGCUUCAAGAAGAGAACCUUACAUGAGACCAAAAUAAAAACAAGCUCAACGUUAACUGAAAAUGUACUGUCAAACAAGCUUCGCUUUGAUGCUCGAAUCAUAUGCAGAAAUGGUCGUGAUGCCUGUAGGGAACUUAUCGGGUUCUUUUUCGCAUAUGACAAGUCUGUUACAAUUUAUGAAUAUCGGCAAUUUGGAAAAAAUAGGACAAAUGCAUUACCCUUCAUCCAAAAGGGGAUUUAUUGCCAUAAAGCUGGGUGGAAAAGAGGAAAGUCCUAUGAGCUUGAAGACUUUUAUUCUGGAGCAAACCUUACUUUCUCCAUAGAGGAACAUCAAAGCCUUUCAGAAAGCUUAAAACAAAACCCAAUACUUACUAUUCGGAUUACAGCCAUUGAUGAGGAAGCUUUGAAUUCCUUAAGGGCCAUCUGUGACAGCAACAAAUGUGUUAUUGGUGGUCACAUGCAUGAUGAACAGAACAUUCUUUUAGCAGUUCAAGAUGUGAUGAAAGAAAAACUGAAGACCAGAGGAGUCAGAACUUUGACAGGCUUAGGGAAAUACCUCCAAGAACUUGAUAAAAAUGGAACAGGAUGUUUAGGGAAAACUGUCUUUAAGCAGGCUCUUAAAACAUUUCACUUAGACGUGUCUGAAACGGUUUUUGAAUCCUUAUGGCUUAUUAUGGAUGAAAACAACACGGGAACAGUAGACUAUGGGUUAUUUGUCCGUAAUGUUAUUGGAGAAAUGAAUGAAUAUAGAAAAUCAUUUGUUAGAAAAGCCUUUAUGAAACUGGAUCCCAAUAAAACCGGAGCAGUGUCAAUGGUAGACUUGAGAAAGUUCUAUUGUGCCAAGAAACAUCCACAAGUUUUGGAAGGUUCUGCAUCUGAAGUGGAAAUCAAAUCUUCAUUCUUUGAAACACUGGAGCAUGCUUGUAAUGAUCCCCAGGAAGUGUUGUACAGUGAAUUUGAAAAUUUUUAUGAAGGACUGAGUAUUGGCAUCUUGCAUGAUGAAGACUUCAUUAAUAUUUUAAGAAAUGUCUGGGGAAUAUAAAGUACUGUGCUUAAUACAAGUGAUCUGUAUUAUGAGUUACCCAGUUUUAAGGCAAAUGGUUUAAUCUUCGCUGUUAAAGUAUAGAUUUACCAAAUAGAUUAAUUAAUUCUAAGAAAAUAUACUCUACAUUUGCCCAGUGGCAUAACCAAUUGGAUUUUAUUUUAUGUUUUUGAAUUUGGAAAAUCUUAUUGUAUGAUUUUAUGGGAUUAUGGCAGCUGUACAACAAACUUGAUUAGUACAUUUUCUCUGAGCAAUGUGUUUAUUCAAAGUUCUCCAGGGUCUCCAAAUGUGAAAAAAAAAAUUAAGUACAAGUAUAAACAAAAUUGUCUAGAGUUCUUAUUAAACUUUUAGGGAUACAUUCAUUAAAUGUUAGGUCACAUAUUCCCUUUCUCCAUCCAAUGUUUGUUUCUGGACUAUUACAGCUAGCCCUUUAACCACUUGCCUGGCAUGGUUGCAUCAGAUGCGACCAUGCCUGCAAGUGCAUUAUCUGACCUGGUGGCACAGGAUGCGAGCAGUCAGAUAAACAGUGUUAGCAACGGCAAGGAAGGGAAAUUUCCCUCCGCUGCUGCUGUCAGAGGGACCGGAAGGUCCCUCUGCCUGCCUGCACUCACCCCUACUGAUUGCCGUGCUGCCGAUCACUGGUGAUCGGUCAGCAUGGCAGGAUUACCCCAUCCAGUGGCUGCAGACAAUAGCAGCCGCUGGGGAGUGUAAAUUAACCCCUCCAAGGCCCCCCUGUAUACCUGGAGGCUAUCCUGGCUUUCAAAAUGAAAGCCGCAAUGUUUCCGAUGUUCUGAAGGUCGCGAUGUUCCCGAUCGAUGUUUGGGGGAAAAUUAAAUAAAAUUAAAAAAGAAAAAAAAAAAAAAAAUGUUCUCACUAAAAUCAUUUUGAAUAGGGUUAAAAUCAUGUUAACUCAUUCA